AUGAUCUACUCUCUGCUUCUCUCUGCAUUGCCUCUGCUCAGCAGCGCCGCCCUGACCUACCGCGGGGCGGAUAUCUCCUCCCUUUUGAUCGAGGAAGAUGCCGGCAUCAGCUAUAAGAAUUUGAAUGGCGAGACCCAGGCAUUGGAGGAUAUUCUGGUCAACAAUGGCGUCAACUCGAUCCGACAGAGGGUGUGGGUAGACCCCAGCGAUGGCUCGUACGAUCUCGACUAUAAUCUCAAGCUGGCCAAGCGUGUUCAGGCCGCGGGUAUGAGCAUUUACUUGGAUCUGCAUCUCAGUGAUACGUGGGCAGAUCCCAGUGAUCAGACUACCCCUACCGGUUGGUCGACCACGGACAUCGACACACUCACCUGGCAACUGUAUAACUACACGCUCGACGUCUGCAACACUUUCGCAGAGAAUGACAUUGACAUAGAGAUUGUCUCCAUUGGUAAUGAGAUCAGCAGCGGACUUCUCUGGCCAUUGGGCAAAACCAGCAACUAUGACAAUAUCGCGAAGCUGCUGCACUCCGGCGCCUGGGGAGUGAAGGACUCCAACCAGGCCACAACCCCGAAGAUUAUGAUCCACCUGGACAAUGGAUGGGACUGGGAGGAACAAGAAUACUUCUACAAGACUGUCCUGGCCACGGGGUCGCUGCUCUCCACGGAUUUCGACCUCAUGGGAGUCUCGUACUAUCCAUUCUACAGCUCGGAAGCUACCCUGUCGGCGCUCCAGACCAGCCUCACGAACAUGCAAUCGAACUACGAUAAGUCCGUGGUGGUGGUGGAGACGAACUGGCCCGUGUCUUGCCCGGACCCGGAGUAUUCAUUCCCGUCGGAUCUCAGCUCGAUCCCCUUCUCGGCCGCAGGACAGGAGGAGUUCCUCGAGAAGCUCGCAGAGGUGGUAGAGGGCGUCACGGACGGACUGGGUAUUUAUUACUGGGAACCGGCGUGGGUCGACAAUGCCGCGCUAGGAUCCAGCUGUGCGGACAACCUGAUGGUGGAUAUUGACACAGAUGAAGUCCUGGAGAGUGUCACCGUGUUUGAGGACCUCUGA